AUGUCUUCGGACCCACGUCACACCUUCCUCUACGUGAAUCCGAACAACGAGGCAAUCAGACUUUUGGAUAUCGAUGAAACAAUUUUUGGGUUCACAUUCUGGAUAGCAACCUAUUAUAGAAAUUUCCCAUAUUCUGAAGAAUCAUGUACCGUGUUUGCUAUUUGCUUCGUGGUAGUUGGAAGUUCGGAAUGUUUUUCUACAAUUUCACCUAAAAGGUUUCAUGAUGAACUCUGGAAUUGUGAACAAUGGAUGGACAAAUCCAACUUGUUAUCUAGCAAAAUACCGUAUUUUCUCUAA